ACGCUCUUAAACCACAGCAUAUCUAUGAUAGCCCUUGGUGUGACUGGCGGAAAUCCUUGGUUUCGAAAACUGUGGUUUUGCAUUUUGAUUAUGAUACCGCUAAUGGGCACUGGGGUUACUUUUAUAGCAGAACCUCGGCAUACCCCACUACCCAUCAAGGUGGGGCGGCCAAAAUUUUAGCCAACGACAACCCCUCCAUUUCUCCCUCCUCUUCCUCUCUCCCGGCCAUCAACACUUCCAUACUUUUACACACCCAUAUACGAUGGCUAGCUCUCCUCCAGAGCGGAGAUACCUAGCUCUCCCGGGCCCACCGGCUAAUUCCUCGUUCCGUCUAGAGGAGAUCCAAAAGGCCAUAGAUUCCGCAGUCUCCGACACCAACAGGGUCGUCUCCAUCCGCUCAAUUUUCAUACACUACGUCUGCCCCCAGGAUGGCGUGGACGUGAGUAUCUUAGAAGAUGUGAAUUCGAAGGAGAGGAAAUGCCUAGACCAGUUGUUGCACUAUGGCGACAGGUCCUCAAGGUUGAGCGAUGACGAGGAGACUGGGAAAUUGACUGCGUACGCUAAGGGUCAGAAGGAGGUGGACUUUAUGAACAAUACUUUGGUACUUUCAGUGUUUCCCAGGAAGGGGACUAUUAGUCCUUGGUCUUCGAAGGCGACGUCCAUUGCGCAUGUCUGUGGGUUGGAGAGCUAUGUUAAGAGAAUUGAGAGGGGAGUUUUAUUUUCUGUGGCGUUUGAGAAGGAGGUUGGGCUUGGUGGGGUGUUUGGAGGGGUGGAUAAUGUGCUGUUUGAUCGUAUGACUCAGACAUGUCAAACAGAACCCCCUAAUUACGAAGGGUUGUUUGGCACCCAUGAGCCACUUCCGGUUGGGCAGGUCGAUCUUCGAUCUUCUGCAGCUUCGCCAUUGGAAGCCAUUGAGUCGGCGAAUAGAACGUUGGGUCUGGCAUUGGACUCUUUUGAGAUGAGGUAUCUCCUUGAGGCGUUCUCUGAUGCUGGCCCAUGUCCUCGGAAUCCCUACGAUGUCGAGCUGUUCAUGUUUGCUCAGGUGAACUCGGAACACUGCCGCCACAAGCAGUUUAACGCAUCCUGGGAAAUUGAUGGGCAGGCAAAGCCAUACUCUCUCUUCGAGAUGAUUAGAAACACACAUAAAAUCAGCCAUGAUCACACCAUCUCUGCAUACUCUGAUAAUGCAGCUGUACUUGAAGGGAAUAAUGGCGUGCACUGGGCGCCGGACCCAGAGUCGAAGGAGUGGAUAUCUACACAGGAAAUGGUACAUUUCGUUGCUAAGGUCGAAACACACAAUCACCCAACUGCCGUCUCGCCAUACCCCGGCGCUGCCACCGGCUCUGGUGGUGAGAUUCGCGAUGAGGGUGCUGUGGGUCGGGGAUCCAAACCAAAAGCUGGGCUAGCAGGAUUCAGCGUGUCGGACCUUUUGAUCCCUGGGCACCAGCGACCUUGGGAAUUGAGCGUUGGCAAGCCCCACCAUAUUGCCAGCCCCUUAGAUAUCAUGCUUGAGGCGCCUAUCGGAUCGGCAGCAUUCAAUAAUGAAUUUGGGAGACCGUGUAUCCUGGGCUAUUUCCGGACCCUGACGACAACAGUUGAGCAUAGAAACGUGAAGGAGAUUAGAGGAUACCACAAACCUAUCAUGCUUGCUGGUGGGCUGGGGACUGUUCGCCCCGUGCAUGCUAUUAAGGAGGCUGGAAUGAUCGAGCCGGGGGCAUACUUGAUUGUUCUUGGUGGUCCGGCAAUGCUGAUAGGGCUGGGUGGAGGUGCGGCUAGUAGUAUUACUUCCGGCGAGGGAUCGAUAGAUCUCGACUUUGCUUCCGUUCAGAGAGGGAAUCCGGAACAGCAGAGGCGUGCACAGAUGGUUAUUGAUGCUUGUGUAGCUAUGGGGAAAGACAACCCUAUAAGGUCUAUUCAUGAUGUCGGUGCUGGUGGGCUUUCGAACGCUCUUCCGGAGCUGGUACACGAUGCUGGUUUAGGGGCUGCUUUUGAGCUUCGAGAGGUUGAGAAUGCCGAUAAAGGAAUGAGUCCUCUGCAGAUAUGGUGUUGCGAAGCUCAGGAGCGGUAUGUCAUGGCUGUGGCAGAGUCCGGCUUGAAGACCUUUGUAACAAUCGCCAAACGGGAGCGCUGUGGGUUCUCUGUUGUUGGUAGGGCUGACGGGGGAAGUGAAGCAGAGCGAAGGUUAGUCCUCAAGGACAGGGACAGUAGGGACCACCUUAAAGUCAUCGACCUUCCCAUGUCGACGCUGUUUGGAAAACCUCCGAAGAUGCACAGGAAUGUUGCAACCCGAGAUCUGGACCAUGCUCAGUUUGAUACUAGCUUGGAAACCUACCUCCAAAAUUUACCCCUGGAAGACCGCUUGGUUGAGGCUGUGGAUAGGGUGUUGAAGCUUCCCAGUGUUGGCUCCAAGAACUUCCUCAUCACUAUUGGCGACAGGACUGUUACUGGGCUGGUCACUCGGGAUCAGAUGGUCGGCCCUUGGCAAAUCCCUGUUGCGGAUGUCGCCGUUACUGCAACUUCGCUAUCUGAAGAAUCAGUCACAGGUGAAGCCAUGGCAAUGGGCGAGAGGCCAACUCUGGCUCUUAUCUCCCCUGCAGCAUCUGCACGUAUGGCCGUUGCAGAGUCUAUACUCAAUUUGGCCGCGGCAGACAUCCAAGGCGGCCUAAAGCGUGUCCGGUUGUCGGCAAACUGGAUGGCAGCCGGUAGUCACCCUGGUGAGGGAGCGGCUUUAUACGAAGCUGUUGAAGCUGUCGGAAUUGAUCUUUGUCCAAAGCUGGGGAUUAGCAUUCCUGUUGGAAAGGAUUCUAUGAGUAUGAAGAUGAAGUGGAAGAGCAAUGGUGAAGAUAAGGAGGUCACUGCACCGGUAUCACUCGUUGUCACUGCCUUCGCUGCUGUUGAACAUGUUGGCAAGACCUGGACUCCUGCACUGAAGCGGGAGAAAGGAUCGGAGCUUGUUUUUGUCGAUUUGGCCCUUGGUAAGAAGGAGAUGGGUGGGAGUGCUCUUUGUCAGGUAUUCCAACAAGUUGGAACUGAUGCUCCCAAUGUGAGAGACGCUGGGAUUAUCAGGACCUACUUUGAUGCGUGCAAGAAGCUCAGAGAGCUUGGGAUUGUCCACGCAUAUCAUGACAGGAGUGAUGGUGGUCUAUUUACUGCGAUCGUUGAGAUGGCAUUUGCGGGAAGGGUCGGUGUCGAUAUAAAACUGAGGGGCUAUGCGGAUAGUAGAAACCCCAAAGACAUUAUAGCAUCCUUGUUCAACGAGGAACUUGGGGCAGUCUUCCAGGUCAGCGAAUCUAAUCUUGGAGAUUUUGAGGAUGCCUUUGGGAAUUCUGGGUUCCCAAAACAAUACCUCUAUACCAUUGGAGUGGUCAAGACUUCCGAUGACCAAACUAUUAGCAUUGACCAUGAUGGGGAAGUCGUCUACGGCCGCACUCCCCGAGGAGAGCUCCAGCAGAAAUGGUCCGAAACCUCCUACGCAAUGCAACGUCUGCGUGAUAAUCCUGUCUGCGCUGACCAAGAAUACGAGAACAUCCUCGACGACGACGACCCAGGCCUAACCUACACCCUCACAUUCACCCCCUCCAAUCUCCUUUUCACCACCGCCCCAACUUCCAAACCCCGUGUAGCCAUCCUCCGCGAACAAGGCGUAAAUGGCCACGCCGAGAUGGCCUUUGCCUUCAAGCUGGCCGGGUUCACACCUGUGGAUGUUCACAUGACAGAUAUAAUUGGUGGGAACACCUCACUCUCGGACUUUGUCGGUCUCGCUGCAUGCGGUGGAUUCUCCUACGGCGACGUACUAGGCGCCGGUGCAGGAUGGGCCAAAUCCGUUCUCCUGCACGAGAAGACCAGACAGGAAUUCGAAAACUUCUUCAAGACGCGCAAUGACACUUUCGCACUGGGUGUCUGUAACGGCUGUCAAUUUUUCAGCAGACUCACCUCCUUAAUCCCGGGAACCGAAUGCUGGCCAACAUUCGAGCGUAACAUAAGCGAGCAGUACGAGGCCCGCCUUUGCAUGGUCGAAAUUUCAAACCCCCCUGGCCUCGAGGCGCCUAGCGUCUUCUUAAACGGAAUGCACGGGGCCUGCUUCCCCGUUGCCACCGCUCACGGCGAGGGCAAAGCCACUUUCGCAUCCGCUCGUCAGCAAUUCAACCUUGAGGCCUCCGGUCUCGCCUCCAUCCGGUAUGUGGAUAACAGAGGCAAUCAUACCAACCGUUACCCGUACAAUCCGAAUGGAUCCCCCGACGGGCUCACCGGUGUCAGGAAUACGAAUGGGAGGGUGUUGGCUAUGAUGCCGCAUCCGGAGAGGUCUGUUCUACAGGAGGCGGUUAGCUACAAGCCCGCUGGGUGGAGAGGGGAUUGGGGUGGUGUCGGUCCCUGGGUAAGAAUUUUUAGAAGCGCGAGGAGGUGGGUUGGGUAGUCAUAGUUUAUCACUCGGAUGGAUUUUGCUCUUUUUUUUUUCCCCUUCAUAGGCUAGGCGUGCGGACGGUGUGAUGAGAUAUCUUGGAUUAGCUCCUUUUUUUUCUAGCGGUGGUAGAUAUAAAUGAACCAAAUUUUCCAUCAAA